UCUCAAACAUAAUCCUUUACUUGUCUUCUCUCUUAUUCAUUUCUUCUCUCUCUCUCUCUCUCUAGAUUUCUCCUCCAUUUACAGAAGGAAGACGAAGAAAUUUAGCCUUGUGUUCGAUCAGGGAGAAAUUAAUUGAUCAAAUCAUAAAUGGCGGCAGCAGCACCUGUAGUGGAUGAACAGUAUUUGAAGGAGAUAGAAAAGGCUCGUCGAGAUCUUCGUGCUCUCAUCUCUAGCAAAAAUUGUGCUCCUAUCAUGCUUCGUUUAGCAUGGCACGAUGCAGGCACUUAUGAUGCUAAAACAAAGACUGGAGGCCCAAAUGGAUCAAUCCGGAAUGAGGAAGAGUACAAGCAUGGAGCAAACAGUGGUUUGAAAAUUGCAAUUGAUCUCUGUGAAGAAGUGAAGGCCAAACAUCCAAGAGUUACGUAUGCUGAUCUCUAUCAGCUUGCUGGAGUUGUUGCAGUUGAGGUGACGGGAGGCCCCACCAUUGAUUUUGCACCCGGAAGGAAGGAUUCAAAUGUGUCACCUGAUGAAGGACGUCUUCCUGAUGCCAAGCAAGGUCCAUCACAUCUCCGUGAUGUCUUCUAUCGGAUGGGCUUAUCUGACAAGGAUAUAGUGGCACUUUCUGGUGGUCACACUUUGGGGAAAGCACAUCCUGAGAGAUCAGGAUUUGAUGCAAAACCUUGGACCAGAGAUCCUUUGAAGUUUGACAACUCAUAUUUUGUGGAGGUCCUGAAGGGAGAUUCUGAUGAAAUGUUGCUGAAACUUCCUACUGAUACAGCCUUAUUGGAUGACCCAAGCUUUCGUUUCUAUGUCGAACUUUAUGCAGAGGAUGAAGAGGCAUUCUUCAAAGACUAUGUUGAAUCACACAAGAAGCUUUCAGAGUUGGGUUUCACCCCACCAUCUUCUCUCAAAUCAAAGAAUGCUGCUGCAUUAUUGGCCCAAAGUGCUGUGGGAGUUGCUGUUGCUGCUUCUGUGGUCAUCCUUAGUUACUUCUAUGAAAUCAACAGAAAAUAACAACCCAGACAUUUGAUGUAUGAAAACAUGCCCAAAAUAAAACAAACACAAACCCUCGUGAUGAUUUGCAUUCAUAAAUAAAUCAAUACAUUGCAAUUGCUUUGCUUAUU